UGUGCAGGAAACGUAAUGUUCGCUUCAGAACUGAACACUGCACACAGAACCAUUCUACGGGUAAAUUUACAGCAGGUCUGGACUGAGCUACACAAUGCUGUCUUUUCUUCAGAGACUUUUGCUAUCUGAUCCAAUCCAACAUGACUUUAUCCUUAUCGAUAAGGCUGGGUUUAAUCUGACAGAAGUAAGAAGAAGAAGAUGGAGAAGAAGAUCACUGUGUGGAGUUUCCCAGGACACAGUGGUGGUAACGUCACAAUUCACUCAAAAUGGGGAGCUCCAUCAGCAUGCCAACUCACAAUCUUACAACACGGCCCACAUUCCCACACAGCAGACACAGCAGAAGACGAAAUGGAUGCAGAGAAGAUGAGCUACAUUAUCAUCUGGUCUUAAUGUAUCUGUCCAUCGAUCUGCUCUGGACCAAAGCUGGUUUCAUGAGAAUUUUCAAUCCAACACAUCCCACCACACUGGCCCUUCCUCAACCCCACUCAGGCGUUUUUUCAGCAUGGCGGUGGAAGGUUUAUGAUCUCCAGCCCUGUGUCAGUAUGUUCCUCAAUCAGGCCUGUGACCUAACCGAUGCAGGGUAUGUGCAAGGAUCCUAUCUAGAAGAUUCUUCCCUCAUUGUCUUGUGACGAGGACGUAACCUGUGAUGUGCACAAGAUUCAGCUAGGCCAAGAGAUGAUGCGUAGGGAUGAGUUGUUUUUUUUUGUUGUUGUUGCAUGGACUGGUUUUACAAUGUGGAGAUAUUUCUGAUAUUCAUCAGUUGUGUAAAAUUGUGUAAAAUUGGGUUUUGUUAAAUUAUUGUAACGUUUUGAAUUGUAAAGUGUUUUGUUCUGUCAAAAAAAUCUGCGGUGUUCUGCUACUUGUGUGUGUUGAUGUGUGAACUCUGUCCAGUGUUUAGACAAAAUGAGCCUUGUUUUUAAAAUUGUGCUUAAAAAACACUCGGGUUAAUCAGCAGCUUCAGACUCGAUCAUCACCACACUAUGAUGUAAAUAUUCAUUAAUGAAUUGUAAUAUAGAAUAAAUACUACUACUACUACUGCUACUACUGUUAAUAAUAACAUUUAAAUGCUUUACAAGCACAAGUUACACCAUUUGUCCAUUAGGGGGCGAUACAUAUUCAUAUUCAUGAGUCUCAAGACACUGCGUGUUUGUGUGAGUGUAUGUGUGUGUGUGUUUGUGUGUGUGUUCUGUGUUUUGUGUAUGUAUUGUGUGUGUGUGUAUUGUGUGUGUGUGUAUUGUGUCUGCCUCUCAGUCUUGCUUAAUUUUCUCAUAUUCCUAUCUCACAUCCUGUGUGUCAUAUCCAGUGUCUGAAUCUAUUCUUGUGUGUGUGUGUGUGUGUGUGUGUGUAUGUGUGUGUGCGCAUCCUACGUCAUCCUUUUCCGCUGAAAUUGUGGCCUCACAGAUCUGACACACAUUCAGUAUCUCUAGAGUCGAACACAAAUUUACACCUUUAACCUGCACCUUCAACACACAUGCACACACACACACACACACACAGACACACACACAGAGACACACACACAGACACACACAGACAGAUGACUUGUUACUUUUGUCACACACUCGUGAGCACUUCUCAGCUAAGUUACGAUGAUUGAAUCCAGUCAUUCAAUCUAUUCUAUCUUCUGCUGUUGCUGUGCUUUAGAGUCCCGCACCAGCACACGUGUAGAUCUGAACUCCAAAGAUGAACGCAAAUCUUCACCCUACUCAUGCAGAUUGGAGCGCUCGAUGAAGAAGCUGCCUCCUCCUCCUCCAGUGGACGGCUCUGAGCAGGAGGUGAUGGUCGUGGCUCUGUACGAUUUCACUGCAUGUGAGAGUACAGAUCUGAGUCUGAAGAAAGGAAAUGAGUACAAGAUCCUCCACAAACAGGACCAGCUGUGGUGGAGAGCAGAAGACCAAGAAGGGAAUACAGGCUUCAUCCCAAGUAACUAUGUCACAGAGAAACACAACAUAGAAGUUAAUGAGUGGUACUGCAAGAACAUUAACAGGUCUGAAGCUGAAAAUAUGCUAAGACAGGAGAAUAAAAAUGGUGCUUUCAUUGUAAGAGAGUCCAGCCAGCCGAAUUGCUACACCGUGUCCGUCUACACCAAGACCAAUAGGGAGCGCCUUGGUGAUGUGAAACAUUAUCAGAUAAAGCAGGCCAAAUCAGGAAUGUUCUUUCUGGCUGAGAAUUACAAAUUCUACUCCAUACCUGAGAUGAUUAAUUACCACAAACACAAUGCUGCAGGUCUUGUAGCACGAUUGCGUUAUCCUGUUGGUCCAAUGGAACAGUAUACCCCUACUACUGCGGGAUUUAGCUCGGAUAAGUGGGAGAUUGAUCCAAAUGAGCUGACCUUCAUGAAGGAGCUCGGCAGAGGAGAAUUCGGAGUGGUGCAACUGGGAAAAUGGAGAGAGCAGCACACAGUAGCCAUUAAAGCCAUCAGAGAGGGAGCCAUGAGUGAAGAAGACUUUAUAGAGGAGGCCAAAGUGAUGAUGAGGAUGUGUCACCCUAAGCUGGUACAGAUCUAUGGUGUGUGUACGAAGCAGAAUCCGCUCUGCAUUGUUCUUGAGUUCAUGGAGAACGGCAGUCUGCUGGAGGUACUGCGUCACCACGGCAACAGUCUGGAGUGUGUGCAGCUGUUGGCCAUGUGCCAGGAUGUGUGUGAGGGCAUGCAGUACCUCGAACACAACAACUUCAUACACAGAGACCUGGCCGCGAGGAACUGUAUGGUGAAUGUGAAGAAUGUGGUGAAAGUCUGUGAUUUUGGCAUGGCAAGGUAUGUGUUGGAUGAUCAGUACACAAGCUCAAUGGGCUCCAGGUUCCCAGUGAAAUGGUCUCCACCUGAAGUACUGCACUACAACAAGUUCAGCAGCAAAUCUGACGUCUGGUCCUUUGGUGUGUUAAUGUGGGAGGUGUUCUCUGAAGGUCGCACUCCUUUUGGGAACCGUCCGAACCCUGAGGUUGUGGAGGAGGUGACGCAGGGAGUGCGACUGUACAAACCACACAAAGCACCACCUAAUGUCUACAACAUCAUGUAUGAGUGCUGGCAUGAGAGGCCUCAGGGUCGGCCCUGCUUCUCUACCCUGCUGCAGAGCAUUAAAAACAUCACUGAGGAUUUUACACUCUAGAUGAGACACAGACAUCAACAUCAACAUCAGGAACAGCUGUGCAGCAUCACACAACACCACAGCUCCACACUGCUGACUGUGUAUACGUGUGAACAGCACAGUGACUUUCACUCACAUUGUGUGAGAUUGAAGCCUUUCUGGUCAAGUCUCCAUUGUGUGAAAAUCAGAGCUGAAGUGUGAGCAGUAGAUUUCUGCCUGGUGUACACUGGCUCUGCCUCUCUUCUAAAUUGCCCAUAGGAGGUGUGGUUGUCUGUCUAUAUGUGGCCCUGUGAUGGACUGGCGACCUGUCCAGGAUGUACCCUGCCUUUCGCCCAAUGUGCACUGGAAUAGGCUCCAGCAGACCCUGUGACCCUAAUUAGGAAUAAAGCGGGUAUAGACAAUGGAUGGAUUUAUGCUCAAUUUAAUUUUGAGGUUAAAAUUUGCUCUUUUAUUGUCCACUCGUUCUGUCAAUGGAGUUGGUUUAAUAAGUAACUUCACCACGCUGCUUCAGGUGUUAGCUAAAAGUCAAAGAGGAAUAAACUCUCAUCAGUUGUAGCUAGUGUUAGCUGAGAGUCUACUGCAGAAAACAACAUGACUUCUUUACACAAGCCUAAAUAGUUUGCUUUAGACUGGAGAAAUACUGACGGAAAUAACAUGCUGUGAUGUGACUUCAGUCAGUUGGUUCAUUUCCCCUUCACUACCAUGGGAAUGGGCGGAGUCGAAUAGAGUUCUGCAGACAGCCGCUAGGGGGCGACAGAGACACACUGCCUUCACAUUUAAACCCAUUAACUCAUAAUCACUCAGAAUUAAUGGAACAGACACAGCUACACACACUGCGCUAAAGUAACGCAACGUAUCGUAAAUAACGGUAUAAAUGUCAAAAUGUUAGAGCAUUUUUUUUGUAUAAAUAUAUUUUUGUAAUAAACGGAGUUAAAAACAACCACUUCUUUUUCGUUUAU